AUGCCGAAUCCGCUCGCGUUCGUCGGCGGGGACGCGGCGCUGACGGCGGCGGCCCGAGCGGCGGACAAGGCGAACGGUGGUGAUGGACCAUUCCGGCGGCUGGGCGAGGGCCGCGGCGCGGCGUUGCGGGAGGCGUGGCCGGUGGAGGCGCUGCACACCGUGCCCGCAGCAAGGCGGGCGGCGGCGGGCGACGCGGAGGAGCUGUUCGCGCACGCCCGUCGGCCCACGAGCAAGGCGAAGCGCGAGGCGGGCGAGCGGCGCGCCAUGCGAGCCCUAGCUAUGCAGAGUUUGGCGAGCUCGGAUAUCGCGCAGCUGUGUGCCGUCAGAUACGAGCCCUAG